AUGACCCUCAUACACAUUGUCCUCUUCAAAUUCCGCGCCGACGUCUCCGCCGCUCAUAAAGCCAGUUUCCAAAGGGAACUCAAAACCCUCAAGAACCUCGCCUGCGUCAAAGACCAUCGUCUCAUAGUCGGCGGGCCCUCUGUCACCACGCCCAUCGAGCGGAGUCAGGGUUUCCAUUAUGCCUUGCUGAGCUACCAUCAUGAUCGCGCGGCGUUGGAGGAGUAUCAGGCGAGUAAAGAGCACCACAAGGUUACAACGGAGUUGAUGUGGCCGUACAAGGAGGAUUUGAUCCGCUUCGAUUUCGAGGUGGAGCCGGAAGACGAGUACAUGUGCGACUUUAUUGCCAAGGGCGCUUUGAAGAAUGGGAUUGCGACGCCGCCGGAGCCGUCCUCGAAGGCAUAA